GGUCACCAGUGCAGAGUUCCUGAGCAUGAAAUCAACCAUCCCAACCUGGGGGGUGACAUUCACACCAACGAAUGGAAAUGACCAGGACUUUCCUCCGACUUCUGACAUGAAGACCUGGAUCUUCAACUUGUUGACCGUCAUUAUUGGCCUGACUGGGCUGGCAGGAAAUGCAGUUGUGCUCUGGCUCCUGGGCUUCUGCAUGCGUCGAAAUGCCUUCACCGUCCACGUCCUCAACCUGGCCGGGGCCGACUUCCUCUUACUCUGCACCUAUGUUGUAUAUUCCUUGCUGAAACUCAUGACCAUCUUCUUUCCCACCGCCAUCUACCACAUCGUCUUCAUGACUGUGACAAUCUCCUCCUACAUUGCAGGUCUGAGCAUGCUCAGCGCCAUUAGCACCGAGUGCUGCCUGUCCGUCCUGUGCCCCAUCUGGUACCGCUACGACCUGACCAUUCUCAGCACCAUUAGAACCGAGCACUGUUUAUCUGUCCUGUACUCUAUCUGGUACCAUUGCUACCACCCAAGCCACCUGUCAGCCACUAUGUGUACUCUGCUCCGGGCCCUGUAUCUGAUACUGGCCAUCCUGGAAUGUGUUAUUGUGGUUCUCCUCGGGUCUAACCUGGCCCUGGUGAUCAGGAUCCUCUGUAGCUCACGACAGAUGCCACUGACCAGGCUGUAUGUGACCAUCCUACUCACAGUGCCGACCUUCCUCUUUGGCCCAUCCUUCAGCAUUCAUUGGUUCCUUUUGAUCUGAAUUCACCCUUCAUAUCAUGAGAUUUCUUAUCUUAUUUCUCCAGUUUCACGUGUUCUGGCCUGUGUUAACAGCUUUGCCAAACCCCUUAUUUAUUAUUUUGUUGGAUCCUUUAGGCAGUGGAGGGGCCGUAGCCUCAAGCUGGUUCUCCAGAGGGCUUUGCAGGACACUCCUGAGAGGAGUGAAUGUGUGGGGGCAGCUUUCAGCGGGGAACCCCGGGGGUAUCUGAAAGCAGACUGGGAGAGUGACAAAGAGCUCCUACCCUGUGGUCUAUCUCAAAUAGUGGGGUUUGGCUGUAGAUAUGAACGAAAGGUAACUCCCAGUGUUAGUCAGGCAGCCCAGAAGUUCCUGUCUCUGAACUGUGACUGUAAUCACAUGAACAUAGGCUCUUCUCACCUGUGUGGCAGCAACCUGGGUGUAGGCGAGGCUGCUCUGAUACAUGGUGGUGCGAUUAUAGAUUACCUGGAGAAACUCAUCAACUCUAUCCCAUCUCCCUGCAUCGCCUGCUUCUACAUCACUGUGAUAAGCUUUUCCUGCAUCACAAGCCUGAGCACUCUCCCACCAUUAGCACUAAACCCUCACUCCGUCCUGUGCUCCAUCUGUACCACGGCUGCCACCCUCUAA